GUCUUCCUCUCCAAUUCUUCAUCCACGGUUGACAAACACUCCAUGCCCGCAUACCAGCGACCACGAUGCCUACCAUCACAGACCUCCCUUGCGAGAUCGUGGGCACGAUUCUCGGGAACCUUGACCAUCUGCGGUUUCUUGCCCCCGCCUUGCUUGCUUGCCGCCAUUUCUCUACAUCGUUUAAGGAGAGCCGUGGCGUGGAAGCCUCGAUCCUCCGCCAUCAAAUGACACCGGCACUCCUUCCACAUGCAGUCACCUUGAUGGAGGCAUCGCGUUUGCCACGUCCCCUAAUCAACAGCUCCGUCCUCACCUUAAUUGACGAGCUCUACUGCUCUCCCGCCCGCCUCGCGGCGCGUGUAUUUGCCUUGCCACUGCCUGUCUUGCGGAGCAUGGGGCGCACCCACGACGCCAUCCACUCCUUGGCAACUGGCUUUGCGACAAGCGCCUGGCAGCGCAUUUCCCCUUCAACGACAGGGCGCGUCACCUUAUCGCCUACCGAGUAUUUUCGCUUUUGUCGCGCCUUCUACAGGGUCGAGCUGUUUUAUACUGCCUUUCGGGAUCCUGUAUUCGAGGAUAACAUGAACCCCUGGUUCUUUCGGAGGCAUCACCCGUGGGAGAACGAACAGCUCGCUUCCGUCUACGAGUACUUGGAGGAAAGGUUUGCCGAAGCUUCCCUUGAUGUCGUCGCCCAUGAUGUCGACUUUGGGGAAAUGGGGAUCGACUACGUCACAGCUGGGGCGGAUAAUCGAUGGACACAAGGCUGGUUAUCUCACGGCGUCGAGUUUGUCUACAACUUGACCCUCGCCGACACUUGGGAUGCCAAGUAUAGGAUGCUGGCCGAUACUUCGGGGCCCAGUGAUAGGGAAACCAGCUUGCCCCAGGCCCUGCAGGAGGUGAUGGAUGACGACGAAGACGACGGUAGAAGGUUGGCGGAAUAUUCCGACGCCGAGCUGCACACGAUCGCGCAACGCGACAAUGACCAGGCCGAGGAUGACACGGACCGGGGUCCUUAUGAUGCAUGGCGCGAGGCCAACGCGGACCGUUGGCUGGCGGAUUCAUGCAUGUUCGGUGAUGCCGCCUGGCUACGCGAGCGCGCCUACGUGUUUUGGGACAGAGAGCGGUUGCAAAACCAUCAAGGCGGGUUUGGAGAAGACCCGGAGAACCGACGUGAUUAUACCGAGGCCGAGCACAAGGCUAUGAUGGAGUCGUUUGACGAGAGGUCCAAGGUCUGGCAGAAAGGGGGCAGGGGAUACUGGAGCAAAGACGAUACCAGCCGGGUAAUAUGGCCCCGAGACGUGUCGUCAUCUUGAUGGUUUCGAGUUCCCAUUCACUUCCCGUUUACGGCAAUGAGGUGCAGUCGGCGUGUCGCCAGGAUUCGGCACAGACAUACAUGUAGUUAAAGAAAAAGGGAAGACAGCUAGUUACAUAA